GGGUUUCAGCCCAAAACAUUGACUUACCUGCUGUUCGGAUGCUGUCUGACUGGCUGUGCUUUUCCAACACAAAAUCAUUAUCUGGCCAUUAUUGUAUGGAUGCUUGCGGGAGUCUACUAUGCACAAAAUUAGCUGCCAGGUUUCCUAUGGUGCAACUCCACAAGCUUAUUUUUAUCCAAGAUUACAGUUUAAUCAUAUACUUUGUAAAAUACAUUAUAAUACAUUUUGAUUUGCAAAUUAGAGAGAGUACAAUGAACUUCAACUGGUCACCAUGCAGCUGGACUCACUCUUGAGUGCCUCAAUACAUUAGUAGUACUCUUAAUGUUUUAUGAUGUACAUUCCAACUCAGACAUCCAGCCUGCAGGCAAAACAUUUCUAAUUGAAUAUUAUAAAAAAAGUACAAUAGAAAUAAACUUUUCUCCCUGCAUUAUGUUACACUCUGGAGUACUUCAAGACAAAUCCAGUGCUCUUGAUGUUCAUCAUGCAACCCUCCUUUGUUAGACACAUAGCCAAGGUGUUCUCUAUGGUUUACAACCCUAUGUACACUAUGGCUGAAAGGCCUUAAUCAAUGAUCUUUCUCCACUGUACCUCUGCGGUGGCUGCCCCAGAUAUUUGUGUGUAUCUCAGCACAUAGCCCUUGACCUUGAAAUGAGCCAGGUCUGUGACACUCAGAAGAGAACAAACCAAAGAGCAAAUUUCACUACCUAUGCCUGGAAGGCCAUCAAUUUAAUGUUUGUCUCACAGUGCAUCUCUGGUAAUAGCCCAUAGAACAGAGAGUCCCAUUGUCGUGGAGCUGCUCGGAGUGAACCUCAACAAAAGCCACCGCAUCUCUCUCCAGAUCUUCUUCCCCAUCACAGCCACCUCGAUGACAUUAUGCAGACUCAGUGACCUCUAGGUCGUUGAAAGUGCAAACUGCACCUGGGAACAGCAAGGGUUGUCUGGAGCUGAUUUGGUUGUCACUUCGAAUGGAGCCUUUAACAGGGGGAAUUGAGUGGAGAGGCUGCCGCUUGAGGAAGAAAUGUCAGCGGCGAUGUAUGUUCUCUCCGCUCUGGGAGGUUAUGUGCUCUCCUCGGCUUUGCUCUUCAAGUGCCCGGGGUUGCUGCACAAAAAGAAGAAACAGAGCUUCAGGAGCCGGCAUAUCUCACACCGCGGAGGUGCAGGAGAGAAUCUGGAAAACACAAUGGCGGCCUUCAGGCAUGCCGUGCAGUUGGGAACAGAGAUGCUGGAGCUUGAUUGUCACAUUACCAAAGAUGGCCAAGUGGUUGUGUCACAUGAUGACAAUUUGAAAAGAACCACAGGGAUUGAUGUGGACAUAGCUGACCUCAUGUUCUCAGAGCUCCCGCCUUACCAUUGCAGGCUGCAUGUCUCUUUCAAGAAAGAUAGCUUCUGUGUGGGUGGAGAAGAAAGAAAGAUCCCUCUCCUGCGGGAUGUAUUUGAAGCCUUUCCAAAGAUUCCCAUCAACAUUGACAUCAAGGUCAACAGUGAUGCUCUCAUUGAAAAGGUAUCAGAUUUGGUGAAGGAGUUUAAUCGACAGGACAUCACUGUCUGGGGCAACACCAGUAACGAUAUUGUGAAGAAAUGUUACAAGGUGAAUCCGAAUAUUCCAAUCUUGUUCAGUCUGCAGCAAGUGCUUCUACUUCUAGGGUUGUUUUACACGGGGCUCCUGCCUUUCUUCCCGAUUCGGGAGCAGUUCCUGGAGAUCCCCAUGCCCUCCAUUAUGCUGAAGUUAAAAGAUUCAAAGAAGAUCUCCAGGAUGUACCGGUUUAUGAUUUGGCUCGCUGACACUUUGCUAAUGAGGAAAUCUCUGUUCGAGCAUCUGAAAGCACGAGGAAUUCAGAUUUACAUAUGGGUCUUAAACGACGAGGAAGACUUCAAGAGAGCCUUUGAAUUGGGAGCGUGUGGGGUCAUGACAGAUUAUCCAACCCAGUUGAAGAAGUUUCUGGAACACUAUCCCUGCAGAGAUCAGUAGGAAUGGAGAUGAGAAGGGCAUGGGGGGUAGGUGGGUGACAGAGAGGGGAAAGAGGCCAAAGAAAACCCCUCGGCUUAUGAUACCAGUUUUGGCCUGUCAAUUCAGUAUUUUUGGAACACAAGCACCUGCCACAUUCACUGCAGCAAGAACAGGGAAGUUCCCAUCAUUCAGGCUUGUUCAUUGUCAGUUAACUAUAAUUUAUGGUUGCAGAAAAUGUUCGCCUUUUAAAGUUAAUAACUUUGUUUGAAGCGUCUACGAGGACUGAGUCUAGUUAUUUCAGGACAAGACUCUCCUACUUGGUCAGGAAUAUGACACUUUUAUCUUUUGUUACUGACUCAUCCAAGUUUGUAUAUAAAGCAACCUAUUGGAUUUCUAUUAAGAUGAUGUAGUUGAAACCAUUGAAUCACAGAAUCUUACAGCACAGAAGGAGACAAUUCAGUCCACUGUGCCUGUACUGGCUCACUGCAUGAGACAUCCAUUUAGUCCCAAAAACCCACAUUCCUUUUUUAAAUAUUAAUCCUGUUCACUUUUGAAAGUUAUGAUUGGUAUCUGCUCCCACCACCCCUUUAGCAUUUGAAUAGAGCAUUCUGGAAAUGUUUAGGCUAGUGACCAGUGGAAAGUCAGUUUUUGCUCUUAAAGUGUAUGUUCACUGUUGGUCUAAAAGAGGUUUAGGUAGAGAGGUUGUGAUAUGUCAACAAAGAAUCCACACUUGGAAGAUGGCAUGGCUGUGUGCUGAAUACGGUUGAAGUUUUGUAUCCUUCUCUCAUCAGGAUAAGUACAAGAAUGCGAAAUUUCAGUUAGUCACAGCUAUUUAUACCAAAAGCAAUAAAAGGUGCGGAUUUCUUGAAAGUCAAUUCUGGCUGAGGCACCGUCAUGGAGAAGUAAACAUGGGGAAAUAUAGGCCUUACAAAAAAAGGCUCAAGACUUGAACAGAUUGCUUUUGUUUGUGAAGAAUGCAGAGACCCUUUGUGUGAAUGCUGGCCGCUUCCGACAAGCAUAAAUGGGCCCUUUUCUAAUUGCCCAAGAGCUUGAGAGCCAGUAGUUCCCCAUUACUUCUUCCAUGGCAACACCUCAGCUCAUCAGAGUCAGCCUUUCCAACCAAUCAGUAUCGCAUUUCUUCUGUAGCAUAAACAAUUAUGCUUGUUAGAAAUUUGACAUUCUUCCAUUUGUCCUGAAGAGUGCAAGGCAAAAAAGAACUUCAGCACCAUGUCCCUGUCUUCAGCCGUAUGAGGUGUUAACUGUGUCUCUCUUCAGACAGCAGAGGCGUGUGACACCAUUAUUUUCCAUUUAUAUUUCCUUAAAAUACAAAAAUCAGUAGGGGGAAGUGAUUUAUUUGUUAGUGUUGCAGGAUUGGAAGAGGAAGCAGAUGGGGAUUUUCUGCUUUAUACAUGGUUCAAUUUGUAGCAUGAAAAUCAGGCCUUAACUUCUGACCAUGUGUUUUUAUGAGCAUUGUGCUCUUGGGGAGAGAGGUAGAUAGGGGUGGGAGAAGCAAAUGUUUCUACUUUUGAGAAGUUGAUUAAGAACAGCACCACCCGCCACACAAACUGGGGAGGAUAGAAGAAUAAAAUCUUACUAACUAAACUAGACUUCAGUAAGGAGGCAUGCUCCCCAUUGAAUUAAAUCAAAGAGAGGGCCAAGUCCUAAACACAAGGUAAUAAAUUAUAUUGUUUUAUGGUUUAUGAAACUCUCCUUACUGAUUGAUUUGCAACAACAACUUGCAUUUGCAUAGCACCUUUAAUGUGUAACAUGUCCCAAGGCUCUUCACAGGUGCAUAACAAACAAAUGUGAGACAGAGUCACAUUAGGAAAUAACAGGACAGUAGACAAGAACUUGCUCAAAGGAAGGAUUGCUUGAUUUAAGGAAUGACUUGGCGGAAAGGAAGAGAGACAGAUGAGUUUAAUGAAGAAAUUCCAGAGUUUAUUCCCGUGUCGCUAGAGACAAAUUGGAAAUGCGCAAGAGGCCAGAAUUGGAGGAGCAUAGGGUCAUGCGUAGCACGAAAUUAAGGUGAUAGGGAGAAGCGAGGGAUGUGAAAGCAAGGACAAGAGUUUGAAAUCAAAACAUUGCUUGUCUGCGUGCCAGGAUAGGUCUGCAAAUGCAGUGCAUGGGGGUUGAGCAGAUUUGUUUGAAUAUACAAUAUAUAGUCACAGAGUCAUACAGCACAGAAACAAACCCUUUAGUCUAACCAGUCUAUGCCGAUCAUAAUCCCAAACUAAA